GGAUAUUCGCACGUAUUGUGCGCGCGUUCCCAUCCCACGUGCUAAGGGCAGAGAAAGACCGCGCGAGAGCGCUUUAAACAUGUGCGGUGGGCGGGCCGGGAGGUUGCAGGUGUCAGUCAGCUGCGGGAUCAGCUGGCGUGGGCGAUCUUGCCUCAUGCGGAACAUACCCGCCCGGCAUCCGCCCGCUCCGGGUAUAGUCUGACGAGAUGGCCUGAGAUGUUGGAAUGGGUUACUGCGAAAUCGUAAAGUUCCGAGGCGCUGCUGGGUUACGUUGUUUGAUCGAAGAUCGCUGAGUGGAAAAUAAAAAAAAAUAGUGGUUCUUGAUUACGAUAUGCGGAAGCAGAGCUCCCAAAGCGCAGCAUUCUACAUUUCUGAAUGAAAAUGGGUACUCCAACGAAAGAUGCAACGUUUCUGGGCUUGGAUUUGAGUACUCAGCAGUGGAAAGCAGUUGUUGUUGAUGAGGACUUGCAUUUAGUACAUGAAACCCAAGUGCAAUUUGAUAAAGAUCUUCCAGAAUACAGAACACAUGGGGGAGUUAUUCGAGAUUCAACAGACAAUCGUGUGGUUACUGUGCCUCCUUUAAUGUGGGUUAAAGCUUUGGAAAUGUUGCUUGACAAAUUACGCAUAGGUGGAGUGGAUUUGAGUAAAGUAUCAGCAAUUUCUGGUUCAGCACAACAACACGGUUCAGUGUUUUGGGCCAUGGGAGCUGAAUUGCGUCUGAAGUCAUUGGAUCCAAAUCGGUUUUUGCAUGAGCAGUUGGCUGGUUGUUUCUCAGUUUUGCAGUCUCCAGUGUGGAUGGAUGCAAGUACAACAACACAAUGUCGUCAAUUAGAAGAGGCAGUGGGAGGAGCUCAGGUAUUGGCCAGCAUUACCGGGUCUCAUGCCUAUGAAAGGUUUACAGGUCCACAGAUAGCAAAAGUAUUUCAGACCAAACCUACAGCAUACCGCAAUACAGAGAGAAUUUCUUUAGUGAGUAGUUUUGCAGCCAGUCUCUUUCUAGGCCAGUACGCUUCCAUUGAUUAUGCUGAUGGUUCAGGAAUGAACCUACUUGAUAUCCGGUCUAAAGAGUGGUCAGAAGUUUGUUUAAAUGCUUGUGCCCCAGACCUUGCUCAGAAACUGGGAGAUCCAGUGCCUUCAUAUUCUGUCCAAGGCUCUAUCAGCUCUUAUUUUGUGGAACGUUUUGGGUUUUCAAGCACUUGUAAAGUGGUAUCAUUUACUGGUGAUAAUCCAGCUUCUCUUGUUGGAAUGCGACUGACUCAGGGGGAUGUACUCUUGAGCCUGGGCACAAGUGACACGGUAAUAGCUCCUUUGGUGGAGCCUUGCACUCUCAGUGAAGGACAUGUACUGUGUAGUCCUCUUUCCACUGAUAGUUAUGUAGCUUUACUUUGUUUUAAAAAUGGAUCUUUAACUAGAGAAAGGAUUAGGCAUGAUUGUGCUGAAGAUGAGUGGCAGAUUUUCAGUGAACUGCUGGACAGUACUCCUAGGGGAAAUUUUGGUAAUAUGGGGUUGUAUUACGAUGUUCAGGAAAUAAUACCUUUUGUAAAUGGUGAUUAUCGAUUCAAUAAAGCUGGCAUUAGAGUGAACCGUUUCUCAGGAAAGGAAGUUGAAGUGCGAGCUUUGGUGGAAGGUCAAUUUGUGGCAAAACGUGCUCAUAUAGAAGAUGUUGGAUUUGUUGUGGGAAAAUGUACUCGUAUCUUAGCAACUGGAGGAGCAUCCAAUAACCGUUCAAUCCUGCAAGUGCUCUCAGAUGUUUUCAACACACCUGUCUUUGUGAUGGAUGGUGUUAAUUCUGCAGUUCUAGGAGCUGCAUACCUUGCUAAAUUUGCCCUUCAACAUUUAUCUCAGAGCUUCGGAGAGAUCACAUCCCAUUUGCCUUGCCCAGAAUUAGCUUGUUCACCAUAUGGAGAUGCUUUGUCAGUGUAUACCCCAAUGGUGACCCGCUAUAGAGCAAUUUUAGAAGAAAUUGUUAAUUGAUUGCAAGAUCAGAAGAUGAGAAUAUUGAAAAACAAAUCUAGAAAGGAGGACUAUGGUGUUAUUGCUGCAUUCCAAUUCAUCUGAAAACUGGCACAAGCUUAACAUAGUAUUUUUCUCAGGGUAGUUUUAAGGUUUCUGUAAUAUUGAAGGUUUUUGUAAUUUAUAUUAUUUAUAAUUUAUUGUUAUAUUUUCUCCUCAUGGGAAUGGAUUCAAUUUAAACUAUAAAAUAAUUUUAUAUAAUGUUAUUAUUUGAUAGUUGCUGUAUAUCUUAUUGUUUCAUAAAACUUUACUCCCAAAA